UCUAAGAAACAUUAAAUCAGGACAAGAAGUAACAUUUGUCGUCAAGAAAUUGGACACAUCUUCAAAUCGCAUAAUGGAGACCGUGCAUGCUGUAGUUACUGAUCCAUGGUUGUUCACGAUGUUGGUUAUUUAGUUACUACCUGUAGAUCAAUUGGACGCUAUUAUAUCUAUGGGCGCUAUUAUGAAAUUUGACAGUACAAAUUGAAUUUGGUUAAGUGUUUAUCAAAGAAAACAGCUUGUUUUGAAUUUAAAAUAAGUAAUAGAAACAUGCCAAAAAGUAAUGUUAUUUGUGAUAAUAAAGCCACUCCUUUAGAGUGAUUUAAGAACUGUGAAUAUCAUGGAUAUCGACAAGGAUAUUUUAAAUGAGCUCAAUGACGACGAUUAUUUUGAAAAGUCUUUGAACGCAUCAGGAUAUUGGGAUAAUGAGCAAAGUUUAAUAGAGAAAUCAAAAGAUAUAAGCAAUUUUGAGAAGCCCUCUUCUGAGCAUUUGACAGUUCUUUUACGAUGUUUUGGUCACAAACAGUUUAGACCAAUGCAAUGGAAAAUUAUAAGUUCAAUAAUGAACAAAAGAAUGGAUAAUUGUGCCAUAAUGGCAACAGGCUAUGGAAAAUCUUUAUGUUAUCAAUAUCCUUCUGUCUAUUGUGGAGGAAUAACUAUUGUUAUCUCUCCACUUAUUUCAUUAAUGGAAGAUCAAGUUUUUUCAAUGCAAAUGUCAAACAUUCCAGCUUGUUUGUUAGGAUCAGCACAGUCAAAGAAAAAGGAAGUUAUUAGGGAAAUAUUUGAAAAUAAGUACAACCUGGUGUAUAUGAGUCCUGAGUAUUGUUGUGGGGAUUACGGAGAGAAUUUAAUAAAGAGUAUGAAUGAACAACUUAACGUUGUUCUUAUAGCUAUAGAUGAAGCCCAUUGUGUCAGUAGCUGGGGACAUGAUUUUAGACACCAGUACAGACAAUUAGGAAGGCUUAGAUUGGUGGCCCCCAACGUACCUAUAUUAGCAGUCACAGCUACUGCUACCCCAAAAGUUAGGAACGACAUAAUAUCUGUCUUAAAAUUGAGGAAUCCCCAGAUUACUUGUUCAGGCUUUGAUAGGCCAAACCUAUAUUUAGGCGUUUAUUUAAAGGACGGUGGAGUAAUGAAUGACUUAAAGAAAGUAAUGAAAAAGGAAGGCAACAAAUACAAUUUUUCUGGAUCUACUAUCAUCUAUUGUAUUUCCAGGAAACAGACUGAAGAGGUUGCAAGAUUAUUGAAACAUUCUGGCUAUGACUGUGAAGCAUACCAUGCAGGAUUAGGAAUUAAUGAAAGGAAGGAGACUCACGAAAAAUUUCUAAAGGAUAACGUCCAGAUAAUAGUAGCCACAAUAGCCUUCGGUAUGGGCAUUGAUAAGCCCGAUGUUCGUAACGUGAUACACUACGGAUGCUCUAGUAGUCUUGAAGGAUACUAUCAGGAAGUGGGUCGUGCUGGAAGGGACGGUCAACCAUCACUUUGUGUCACCUUUUACAAUUAUGGUGAUUUUGAAAUACACAAUCGUAUAAAGGAAAUGAAUAGCAUUUCGGAUUAUAAUUCGGCAAGGUAUAUGGCCAUGAAGGAAAUUAUGAUACAAUAUCUGGAAACUAGGGAAUGCAGGAGGCAGUUUAUCUUAAAUCACUUCGAAGGGCGCGUCAAAACGAACAAACCGAUGCCUAAAUGCUGUGAUAAUUGUACAAAAAGGUUGAGUGAAGGUUCCACAACUCAGAAGGUGAAGGGUUUGGACGACAAAGGUCGGUACGACUUCACAACCGACGCCCGCCUGUUCUUGCAGGCUGUGGAAGCCCUCGGAGGGCGAUUUGGAUUGAACAUGUAUGUGAUGUUCCUACGAGGUUCAAAGUCUGCCAAAAUCGACCGAUAUAAGAAACUUCAACUUUAUGGAAGCGGAAAACAAAAAGACGAGGAGUGGUGGAAGGCAAUUGGAAGAUUGAUGGAAAGAAAAAAUUUCCUAAGCAAAACUGCAGUGCGAUUAAAGGGGAAAAUGCCGUACCAUACGUUCAGUUUGGGGCAGAAAGGUCAACAGUUUCUUUCGGACAGCUCGAAAACGACAAAGUUGAUGGAGCCACCCCCUCCUGAAAUAUAUAAGAAACUUACAGUGAAACAUGUUGAACCUUUGCCUUCACAACAACAACAACAACAAUCACAACAGAAAAGACAACCAAUUUCUUCAUCUUCUGGGUACGGUCAGUUACCGGAAGCGUCAUUUAAAAAGAAUAAAAAGGAAAAGUUGUCCCUGAUGACGGUCAGUAGUUCGACCACUACAACAAAGAAAAAUAAGAAAACCGCGCCCCCCGAAGUUUCAAUAAAUUUAAACGACGAGUGCGACACAUCACAAGAGACAGAGUUCGAAAAAGCGGAACGUUUGGAAGUUUAUAAGAAACUUAUGGGCAAAAGGUCGGAAUUGGCGACUAAUGCCGGGUGCAUGCCAUAUUUGGUAGCAUCUAAUGCGGCCCUUUUGAAAAUGGCCCAGGCGAAGCCUACCACCAUCGACGAGUUACGAAAUUGCAAACUUGACGGUUUCACUGAAGCAAAAAUAAACAGAUUCGGAGAAGAAUUUAUUAAACUUAUCCGAGUGCUCUGUAACUUGAAACCGAUAGAAAAGACUAACAGAAAAUCGAUUCAGGACAUUUUGGCUGAACAUCCUUUGCCCAAUGCGAGGAUAAACGCGAGUGCAGAGGUCAGUUAUAGUCUUUACAAGGAGGGCAGGAGUGUACAGGAAAUUUCCAAAGCAAGGGGUAUGAAACCGGAAGUAGUGCUAAAUCAGUUAAUAGAUGCCCUCAAGGUCGGAUAUCCUGUUCAACUCAUCGAUUUAGAGAUCACGGACGAAAUACGGAACUACGUCAUCAACGUCAUCAGGAAACCCCCGAUAAAGUCUGGUAGGUACUUUUUAUUUAUUAUUUUUUGUUAGUAUUACUAACGAAAUUUAAUGGCGAGCGUAUUUUUUUGGUAUCUGGAUUUUCUUCUAUUUUUUUUCUCCAUAAUUUUCACGGAUAGAAAAUUGUGUCUAGAUAUUUAUUAAUCAAAGCGUUCUCAAAUACUAGUGGUUUAAUGAUCUUUGUAUAGUUUUCUUCUUUGGCAAAUACACUACUCGUAAAAGAAUUAAAAGUAUCAAAUGCAUAUUAAAUAAAAAAAAAACAAUACAAUUAAGUAAAUAAAAUGGAGUUGCUUCCUUGCAACAGUU